GUAGAGAGAGAAUAACAUUAAUUUUAGAGAAGACUAUAACUUAACUAGUGGUAUGUACAAAAUGUCGACUGUGAACAUGGAGGUUAAAAAUAUCACAGAAGUGGCGGACAAUGUAAAUCAGACAGUGUAUGAUCAUUACGUUCCAAAAUUUAACUUUCCAAUCCUUAUUCUUAUUUGUGUAAUCUUAGGUUUAAUGAUCUUGGCUACCAUCAUUGGAAACGUCUUUGUGAUCACGGCUAUCAAAGUGGACAAAAAUUUACAAGGUGUUUCUAACUAUUUGAUCUUGUCGUUGGGGGUGACGGACUUGAUGGUAGCCGUUCUCGUCAUGCCUCUUAGCCUAGUAAAUGAAGUGAGUGUGUACUGGUAUCUUGGAGCAAAAAUUUGCGACAUGUGGAUAUCUAUCGAUGUUUUGUGUUGUACGGCAUCUAUUUUACAUCUGGUGGUCAUUGCAAUCGAUCGGUAUCGAUCCGUAUCGAACAUCGAUUAUACCUUGAAAAAAACUGCACGUGGUAUACUGGCCAUGGUAGCGAUUGUCUGGCUGGUGUCUGUCAGUGUUUCCUUGCCGCCGUUAAUUUUGAUGAAGACCGAAACUCACAACCCGGAAAUAACUGGAAUGUGUAUAAUCAGUCAAAACAAAAUUUACACCAUAUUUUCUACCAUUGGUGCAUUUUAUAUUCCGCUUAUUAUUAUACUAAUUAUCAAUUAUAAAAUCUACAAAGUAGCCAGUGCUAUCAUUCAGAAGAAGAAAAGCAACAGAAAUUCACAAAGACUAUCUACAUAUUAUGUCGACAAUCGUGGUAAUUGCUCAUCUAAUUCAAGCAGAAGUGACCUUACAAACGAAGGACUCACUCGUAAUGGUCAGCGAUCGCGCGUCAACUUUGACGAUAUAAACAAGAAGUGGGGCGAUAAAGGAGAUGGGCGGAAUAGUUCGAUAGAUUUUAGCCAAGAUAGCGAAAGUCAAGACGAACUCAAUAACGCUGAUAUUCCAAUUCAAAGGAUAAAAGUACCUAAAAUUAACGUUGAAUAUUACGACAACCGAACUCGCAACUACAGCGGAAAUGACAUAAGUCUAGAUGGAGUCAAGAUGGACGAUUCGUUCCCAACAAACAACGAUAUUACUAAAAGCGAGAACAGUAUAGUGGCAAUAGAUGUUGAUGGCAAAUUGUACGAAGGAUCCCAGUUAGACAUAGGAAAUACACUGACCGUGCCGUCGAGCAUGAUUGUUCUAAGAAACAAUUCCAAGAAGCCACGAGACAGAGGCAAAAGAAGAUCUUUAUUACGUAGAGAGAAUAGAGAGAUGACACGUGAGAGCAAAGCAGCAAGAGUACUGGUCAUUAUUACGGGAGCAUUCAUUGUGUGUUGGCUGCCAUUUUUUAGUAUUGCUUUAGUUGCUCCUUUAUGUGAAGACAGUUGUUCAUUUCCCGAGUCAGUAUUCAGUGUGUUUCUGUGGCUGGGCUAUUUUAACAGUCUGCUUAAUCCCAUUAUCUACACUAUUUUCAGUCCAAAUUUUCGGAAUGCCUUCAAAAACAUUUUGAUAAAUAAACUGUGCUUUUGUCCGUGUGUAAAGAAAUAAGGGACUGUAAAUGCAUGUAUAACAAUAAAAUAAGUUUUAUAUUUUUGAAAAUAAACACGCCAACUGUUUUUGUUAAUGCUGCUUUGAUUAAUAGAAGAAUAUACAAAACUUCAUCUAAACUAGUUCCAGCUUCAUUUCUUAUAUCCUCUGACCCCUGUUGGUUUCAGAGCUGCGAGUUGGUGCGGAUAUUAUCUUACUCGAGGCAGAAUGUGCUUUACUCUUUUCCGAACGCUCGAUACAACAUGAACUUUGCAUUGUUCAUUUACUUUACGAUUGGAAUUAAAGUUUUGACGCUGUCGAUGUUUUGUUAAGCUAUGUUUCGUUAUGCCUAAAGGUUCCUCCGAUAUUUAUAUCAUAAUAUCUACACAAUUGUCAAAUGUGAUAAGAGGUACGGUCAAUGCGGACGGUGACUUUGGGGCUAUUCUUAUUCCAGAAUCUACGCAUUUUCGUGCUCGUUGAUUUCCAAUUUCCUUCACAGUCUCUGGUAAUACGACACAUAACAUAUUUUAAUAUACAUGUAGUUGUUUAUGUUCGAUGAUUUUUAUCUUUAACUGUUCGAGUUAUGAACCUUUGUUACGAUAGCUUGUUAACACUAUGGAGGCCACUCGUCCGAUCUGUGUAUAGGUUGUCUGGCUGUGUAUGGGGAAGAAGAAUAUUGUAUUAUGUUUUUUUGCAACCCUAUAUAGUCUACAAUUACCAUCUGUAAAUUACUUUAUUUAUAUUUCGUGUCCCAUUAAUGGUAGAUGCCUUUUCGGUUCUGUAAAGACUUAAUAUACCAAUGGUUAUUAAUAUUGUAUAGUAGGCCUACCUUCAAAUUCAAGGCGCACAAAUUCAAACCGUUUGUUAAAACACAAGUAAGAUUUGCAAGGCCAACUAGAUUCGAAUAACUAGAUUCGCCGACUUCAUCUAGAAACGAACAGAAAGGGAUAGAGCGUUGAAUAAUGUAACAAUUCCGGUAUAUCCUAUUUGACAUGCCGGGAAAUACAGAGAACUAUGACUGAUUACCGAGUGCACUGAAAACAAUUCAGAUAAUGCUAUAUAUCGAGAUAUGAAACAACUACAUCGCUGAUGGAACCAGGCCACCCAUGUCAGCAGAUCGAAGUAAUUCUUGUUGGUUUGUAGUUCAGCGAUAGAGACGAUAUGUAACAAAACAAAACAUCCGGGUAAAACAUAGUUCAAAUUCAGAAAUCGAAUUUUCGAAGAGAUAAUGUUUGUUGUGGGGGUCAACGUGACCUAAUAACCCACGUGCAGGUCAAAUUGUUGGAAAUCUUUAUACCCAGAUCGUGAACGUAUAUUAAAGCAACAUAAAGGUUCCAGUUUUCGCUGGUGGUCAUCUAUGUUUUUAAGGUCCUAACCCUAUCUUGCCAUGUUCCCAUUAUAUGCCAUUAUGCAUUUGGGCAACCUAGGACACGUGGAACAUAUGAACGAUUCCGUUUUGACCACAAGGUCCCCCAAACCAAGAUUGUUUAAGUGUGCAAAUCAGAGCCACAUGUAAACAAAAUAUUUUACAUCGUCUGAUAUGACCGCCAAAAUACUUUAUAUGUGGGGGGGGGGGGCACGUAACUCUUACAAUUUCUUAUUAAGUGACCUGAUGAAGGAGGCUAUGCCAUACUGUUUGUAACCUUUGUAAUAGGCAGAACUUUGCACACUUCCUUGGUAACAAAAGAACGGGAUACGGAAGUCUUCCACGCAAGUUUAACCAGAUUUAAUCUCUGAAUUACACCCAGGGCUUCUCCUUUAAAAUAUAUAAUUUUAAUAACAAUAAGACGUUUUCAUUUUUUUUUAUCGAACUAUUAGUUUGUUUAAUAUUUGUUUAGAUAUGUUUUAAUAUUUAUGUGUAUUUUAUGGUUUUAAUUAAGUGGCCAUUUGUAUCAUAUGGCAUAUGAUGCAGGCCCCGAGCACCAGCUUAAUCUCAAUCUGCAACCUUUUGAGACUGGAAUGUAUAAUAAGAAUGCUAAUAUGUGUGUUAAUAAUAGGUCCUUGAAAAUGGUCGGCAUGGGUAAUAAAGUUGGUCUACAGAGACUUCAAUAAUCAGUAAACGCGUUU